AUGAACAAAAAUGGGGAGAAAUUGUAUCGCGAAUUGACGAAAGUUACAGAAUCGUCGAUGAAUGUGAUUUGGAAGUGCAAAUAUAAAACCAACCCAUUUCCAUCCUGCAUCAGUCUACUUUCAACUGUGUUUUGUACUGUUUUCAUAUUGAUUGGGACAAUGUAUACGAAAUUUCUGAUUGCUGCUGUAACACUAGGACUAGUCGCGUCUGAACCAACGCAAAUUGACUUGGGUAGUUACGGCGGUGGAGGAGGCGUUUUACCUGGUAUAUUAAAAUUACUAUUAAAAAAAUCAAAAGUGACGGUGUUUGUCAAAGAUUUUAAUUUAAAACUAACGAAUUUUCAAUUUUUUUACAAACUACAUUUUAUUAAAGGUGGCGGCGGCCAUCACGGUCCUUUCGGAGGCAGCUUCGUGGCUUCUGCCAAGUAUGAAGGGCAAGCCGGAGGCGUCGCCCAUAAAAUCGCCGACGGAGACAUUCCAUCUCACCCAAGUUACAUUACAUUUGGCCAUGGUCACUAUUCCGACGUGCUGGGGGCUAGUCAAGGUGGCGGUUCACUCGGUGGAGGUGGCGGCGGAGGCGGAGGCGGCUACAAAUGGGGUUUUGUAGCACCUUCUUCGAGUGGCCUUGGAGAUCAUCAGGGAUCAGCUUGAUUGUAUACCUUUGUUACAAUUUCUGUUGUUGUACUUUUUGUUGACUGUUGACUAUUUAUUAAGUUCUGUUCUGAUUAAACUUUUCUUACUUUUGUA